AAUUAAGAGCCCAUCAGCAAUACUCAGAGGGAGCUUGCAUUGCACUUCUGAGCAGGCAGUCAGUAAUGCACGGUGGAGAGCUCCUCUUUUCCAAAUCCCCAGGCUCCAGGCCGUGCAGUGCUAGUAUUGCAUUUUCAAUUAGCUCCUGAGUGAGUGCUUGGCAGAUGUGGAAGUGAGCCGGUGCACAAUUAGCUUAUUGUUCCUUCCAGCUUUCUGCUGAGAGGAGCUGAAGGGCUGCUGAAGAGAGGGGAGAGGGGGAAAAAAAAAAAGAAAGAAAAUAGCCAAGGCAGUGGCAUCUCUGUGGAUGUGGAGUACGGGAGUCGCUGGGCUGGCGCAGAUUCCCGGGCUAAGUCGGGAGCUACAGCUGUUCCUGCCGAGCUCCAGCCCGGCCCGGGGACGGAGCCAGCCCAGCUCCAGGCUCUGCCCUCGCCUGCCUCAGCUCAGCAUCGCCAUGGAGCCCAACAGCCCCAAAAAAAUCCAGUUUGCUGUGCCCCUGUUCCAGAGCCAGAUAGACCCUGAGGCAGCUGAGCAGAUCAGGAAAAGAAGGCCCACGCCAGCAUCCCUUGUCAUCAUGAAUGAACACCUGCCCCCAGAAAAAGAUGAGAAGAGACCAAACAUCUCACAGGCAGAGUCACAGAGUGCCUCUCCCAAGCAGAGGAAGCAGAGUGUCUUCACCCCUCCUGCCCUCAAAGGGAUCAAGCACCUGAAGAGCCAGAGUGAGUCAGUGUUUCCAGAAGAAGAAGAGGGGCUCGGCGAGCGGGAGGAGGAGUGGGGCCAUUAGCCAGCGAGCCCUGCCCUGCCCCGCAGGCACUGCACACGUGUCCUGCCACCCUUCUUCCCCGAGACAAAACUGUUCUUUUAAAGUCAUUUUUCUUUUAUUUUCUAUGACUUAGAAAUGUCAUUUGCAAAGGUGUUCGCUCCCUGAGGUCAGUACUGCCAGAGCUUAACUACUGUGUGUGAGCUGUAUCUAAGGCUUGUUGUAAAUAAAGUGAUUUAAAAGGUGCAAAAUAAAUAAUACAUUAAUUUAGACAAGA